AUGGCGGACCCGUUCGAGGUCCGCAUGCGGUUUACAAACCAGCUGCGCCAGCUCAACGCAUCAGUCAACUCGGCACAGAAGGCGGCGCAGUAUGCGCUCAAAUAUCGCGACUCGGCCGAGGACCUGCACUCGUGCAUUCUUGAGCAGCUCGAGCGGAACAGCAUGAACACGCGAGCCAACAUCAUGUACUUCAUCGAGCACUUUCUCGACAUGGCGCACAAGGAGGGCCACGAUGAGUACGUGCGCAUGAUGCAGCGCGACAUCAUCCGCGUGGUGGACGCGGUGGCGCCCGAGGACCGGUCCGGGGCCGCCAACGUCAAGGUCGUGCGCAAGGUGCUCCAGGCGCUGCAGCACAAGAGCUUCCUCGAGGGCGAGGCCGUGCGGCAGAUCGAGGAGGUGCUGCGGGAGCGCGACACGGCCACGCAGGACAUUGUCAUGUCGUCGCCGCCGGCGGGCGGCCACGGCGGCGACCGGAGCGACAUGCCGCCGUCGCAGACGCUGGCUGCUGCUGCUGCGGUGGCGGUUCCGCACCGCCGGGGCAACGCGCCGCCCAAGCUGGACAAAAAGCAGGUCGAGCAGCGCAUCGAGGAGGACCGCGAGCGGCACAAGCGGCAGCGCGAAGACAUCUGGGCCGUGCCGUCUGGCGACUACGCCGAGAUGGAGAAGAUGUGGGAGGAGACGAGCGACCUCGGCGAGGACGACCACCGCAUGGGCGAGGAGGAGUACCAGGAGUGGAAGCUCGCCGCGCAGAACAGCUGCCCACACCGCCGGGAGGACGCUGCCAAUGGCAAGCACUCUUGA